GUAUUUUUCUAAACACACAAACGCUGAGGAAAAGAAAAAAACCCUCAGAGCUCCACAUGGAUUUCAGUUCAUAAUUCUUCAUAUUAAAACUGUUUUUAUUAAUUUAUUCUCUAUUAAAAUAAAAUCAGAAGAAAAUCAGAACACAGCAGAAGAAGCGAAAAUAAACAAUAGAUUAUGGAAUGUAUUUCAGUAAAGAAAAUAAAAGCUCCAGCUGGUCCAACAUGGGGGCUUUAUUACAACCACAGUCAAAUAAAGCACCGCUUUUAUAUAUUCAUAUAUAUAUAAAGAUAUUUAUAUAUAUAUUUAUAUAGUUUUCAUAUACACCUUCAGGCAAUGACUAGAGAGGAUUCUUUACAGAAUCAAGUUUCUUGUGGUUCUCUUAAUUUACAGGUAAACUUAGUUUCUGGAUAAUUAAACCACAGAAAAAGUCAAGGCAACUUUCUUUUGCCUCGUUCAUAAAGUACAAAACUGGCACAGAGGACGACCAUUUUUAUACACAGUAAAAAUGCAAUAAAAUUAAAUUACGUACAGAGGAGACAAAAGUUCUGUAAACCUUUCCCCGUUACAGCAAACCUCAAACAAAUAAAAUCACUUUCUAAAACAAAUUCAAAUCAGUAUAAAACACACAAAAAAAACAGAACAAAAACUCUUUUUUUGCCCUUUGAAAAAAAUGUGCUAUAGCUUGUACGACUUUUUCUGUUUUUCUUCUUUAUUUGUCAAACGGGGGGGUCGGCUGUGCGUGGAGUCGGAGUUUUAUAGAGCGAAACGACACGGCGAGAGCCACUGAAGCUGGAAAAACCGACCGACUGAACAUCAGCAGAAGGCAACGGACAGCAGCACACAAACAGCAGAAGAAGAAGAAGAAACUGAAACAGGAAACAGUUUUUUCCUCUGAGCAGGAUUCAGAUUUCCAAAGAGAAAAAUUAAAAACAAAAAGGAAAAGAAAAGUUAAAGAUCUCAUGGCGGCUGUAAGUUGAUGAUGUCAUGAAGAAGGCGGACCUUUAACAGACAGUUUGGUAACUAUGGCGAUGGUGGCUUCCACCGUCCUGUACAGCAUGUCCAGCAUGUCAGGUUGGGGGCCGGCAUUUGGAAACACCUGUGAGGAGGAGGUGUGGCCACUGCAGCCUUCUGGCCCCUCCCCCAACAGCCCAAGGGCCGAUGGGAAGGCGGCAUCCUCUGAGAGGGGCGGGGCUGAGCUGUUGCUGGUCUUAGAGCCCGCCUCCUUUUCUUCCUUCACCUCCUCUGACAUCGCCUCACCCCUCCUCCCUUCCCGCUGCUCUGCCUCCUCCUCCUCACCUGCCGCCACGUGUCGCUCAGGCUCCUCCCCCUGCACAAAUCCCUCCCCUGCCUCCUGCAGCAAGGAGGAAGAUGAGGAGAACGAGGAGGAGGAGGAUGAAGAUGCCUCCAUCUUCUCCUCUUUUGGAGAGGAGUCCAGGUUUCCAGAGGAGGUGGGGGCAGGGUCAGGAGAGGGCGGGUCCUGCUCAGUGCCCGGGUCGAUCAGCGAGGAGGAGUCUCGUGUCUCCGUGUCCGAGGUGCUGGUGGGCGUCAGCGCCUCCUGGUGGUCGGGCUUCGGCUCGCCGCAGGGCGGUAGGGCCGAGGAGGAAGAGGAGGAGGAGGAAGAGGUGGAGGCCACGCAGAGCGGCGCCGCUGCAUCGACGGCUCUGUCGUCAUCACUGCUCACCCUCCGCCGCUUCACCGGAGUCGCACCUUCAUCCUCAGCUUUGGCCUUGUGGUCCUUGGCCUCUUGCUCCAGAGCGCUGCGCUGCUGGACACAAACACGACAGCGAUUUAGCAGCUCCUGCAGGGCGGGGCAGAGGGCGGGGUCGAUGGUCUGAGGCGGCUGGACAGACAGCAGCAACACCAAUGCCCUCAGGUCGGCGUUCAGCAGGGCGCUGGUCUUGCUCAGCUCCAGGCGGUGAGCUGCCAGCUCAGGCUGCAGGCUGCUCUGUUCGC